AUGUCAGCUCUGCAGACAUUUAUGCUUGUCGUGGAUCAUGACAAGGAAGAAGCUAAGCGCAUUGCUAAUGGUGUCGCAGAAGAUCUGGAAAGUAAAAAAACAACACUCAUAGGGAUCGUACAGCAACUUGGGGAGUACAUCAAUGAUGAGGAUCCUAUACUGCGCGGCAAGGCCGUGUCCUUUCUCACAGCCGUCAUCAAGGCCCUGUCUCCGAAGUUCUUGUCUCGUCAGCAGAUCCAAGUUCUGACUUCCUUCUUCUGUGAUCGAAUUGAAGAUGGGGGUGCAGUGGCAGGACUAGAUACUCUGCAGAGAUUGGAUCGAUUCACCAAGGAAUUAGCUGCUGAGGUAGCGCAGGCUAUCUUUUCGCAUUUUCAGGACCUCCAGUCUCGAUCUCAAUCACAGCGGUUCCAGGUAUAUCAAUUGCUCAAUGAAUUGAUGUCAGCCCACCGAGGGGCCUUGUUGGAAAUGGGCGAUACAUCACUAGUCGGCAUUGUCGACUUAAUGACAGGUGAAAAGGAUCCGCGCAACCUGAUGAUGGUAUUCUCCAUCAUGAAGGUGGUCAUGAUCGAAUGGGACAUCUCAAACCACGUCGAGCUACUCUUCGAUUCGGUGUACAACUACUUCCCGAUUACCUUCCGACCCCCGCCCAAUGAUCCAUACGGCAUCACUGCGCAGGACUUGAAAGGUCGUCUGCAGGACUGCAUCGCUUCCACUCGGCAUUUUGCCCCUCACUCAAUCCCGGCUCUUCUUGACAAAUUGGACUCCACUUCGCCCAAUGUCAAGAAAGAUGCGUUAAACGCGUUGAUUGCAUGCGUUCGUUCCUAUGACCCCGACACGGUGUCUCGCUAUUCCAUCACAAUUUGGGAGGUCUUGAAGUUCGAGAUCUUAAAUGCACAAGAGGAAUUCUUGUCAGAGUCUUCCUUGCAGGCCUUGCGUGAAAUUGCGCAGCGUCUUUCGGAGGGUGUUACGCAAGCCUCUCAAGAUAUUCCCUUGGCGCAGUAUCUGCGCCCUAUUACCAAGGAGUGCAAUGAACAGCUUCAGGAGCCUCAGCAGAAACAAGCAAAGCCCGCCCAGCAAAUCCUCAAAUCUCUAUCGUCUGCCUCCGCAGUCGCAUUCACGCUGGUAAUUCAGGCUGUUGUUGCACCUAUCUUCACCAUUUAUCAAGAAGCAGACGGUAUUGCCAAGCAAAGAGCGCUGCUCGAGACAUAUUCCGUCUUAUUCGAGUCUGCCAUUCAAGUCUUUGGUGAAUGGACAACUCGAGGAAGUGAAGUUGCGGUCGAAAAUCCACUGCUUGAGUUCAAAGACCAGUUUUCGGACGUUCUGGGUCAAGCAUUGAUGGGUUCUGUCAAAGAAGAAAUCUCCUUUCGAGUGACAGCUCUGAAGGCCUUCCUUCGUCUCUCCAUUCUGCGUGACUUUUUCCAGGACAAUGAGAUUGGCUUAUUUGUGCAGUACCUCAACGAGAUUUUGCUCAAAGAGACGGUGACAGGGCGGGAUGAUCUAAAGAGGGAAGCAAUCGCCGCACUUACCGAGAUAUCCAAACACAAGCCUCGUCUCAUCAUGGAUAUCACCUUCCCUGCAUUUGUAGCGACCUUGCCUGACGAGAGCGAUGGCUCAGACUUGACAUAUUCACCUAUGGAUAUUCUGGCUCAGAUCAGCGUUGAAAGGGACAUUUUCGAAACGCUUUUCCGACGGCUUUUCAGCAAGUUCACGAUUCUGCUUCAGAAGGAACAGCCAGGUGCAGUUGAGUAUCCUAGAGCGAUUCUCGUGACCUUACUUUACGUCAUGCAACAAAGGAAGAUGGAUGCCGAUCCAAGCGUUGACUUAUACUUCGAUAAGAUCGUUGUGGGUCUCUGUCGAAUGGUCUCAGCAUCGGCUUCUGACCACGGGAUGAACGGUAUUCUCAAUGAUCCAACGGUUCUCGAUAUUUUAGGCCGGCUGUGCAAUCUGCUUGUACGCGCAGUCUCUAUUGAGAAGCAAAGCCAAGUCGCGGAAAAUGUCUAUGAGCUCUUUUCACCGGCACAGAGCGCUCCCGUGGCACCUUUCGCCCUUGGCGCAACUCCUGACCAGGCCCGAAUCAUUAUUAUAUCAACCUAUCUUCUUGCAGGGCUUUCCAAGGAAUGCGGCAGCAAACUUCCCUACGCUUCACCGGAUAUCUCGGAGCUUCUUAGUGCUAUAGUGAACCAGUGCAUUUCGGAAGGCUUGGAAUCCGCCACUCAACUCGCCUUUUUGCGACACCUGGCUUUGCUAGUCAACAAGUUCCUUUCAAAGGAAGACCUGGGCAAAGCAGAAACUCUUUUCAAUACUAUCGUCUCUCCGGAAAAAGAUGUAUAUGCCCCGGCUACAAUCCGCACAAUCCUAUGGCUUUCCAAAGCCCUUGUCCUUCGGCUUGCACCCUCGACUACGCAUGUCCUCACAUCGCUCCUACGGCUUCUUUCCUCGUCCGAUAUGCAGACUAGUGUGUCCACUGCUCGAGGAUUUUCCAUUCUUCUCGGAGAAGACGAUGUUCUCUCCACGACCAAUGGUGCCCUGAUCCGACUGCUAUCCAAACAGCGUGUUUUCACCACUGUCGUUCCUAUGAUCGCGGCUCGCAUACGCGAAGUCAAUGUGGCUGUGAGUAAGGAGUCUUCGGCGACAUCAGACCAUAUCAAGCCAGCCCACCUCACAGCACUAGCUGGCAUUCUUUCGACUGUUCCGACAGACCUGGUGUUGACCGAGCUUUCUACUCUUCUUCCCCUCCUUCUUCAAUCCCUUGACCUCCAAACUUCCGAGUCGGUUGCUGUUCGUUCAGCCACACUUGACACAUUAGCUGUGAUUAUUCGUGAUAAUGGAGUCGCUGCCAUUGAUAAGUGCGGGCACGUCCAUAGUCUUGUGAUGAGACUUCUGAAGACUACGGAAAUCAGACCCGAGACUGUCAAUCCGCCCCGUCUUCGCGCCGAUGCUCUCAAGUGUCUUUACCUCUUAGCUGCCAAGCAAGUCCUCACUGAGACGACGUCCAAUACUCGCCUUCCCCCGGCAAUCUCACCACUUUUACCUGAAAAGACUCAGGUACUGCGCGCACUUCGAUCUGUCUUGGAUGACCCCAAGCGAGACGUCAGAAAAGCAGCUGUCGAUGCCCGAAGUGCGUGGUUGCGUGGAGUGGAUGAUGCGCCGGAAGAGGAAGACUGA